AAUUAGUGCAAAAAAUUAAAAAGGAAGAUGUCAGGGAAAGUGUGAGAGAAGAAUUGUUUUCUCUACAUUCUGAAACUGAUCAGAAAGAAUUCGAUAGGAGGAUUACAGUUUUUGUAGAUAAUCUCUUGAAGAAUGAUGAUACUGUGGCCUUUGGACUGUACUUCCAAAAAUAUUACAUGGGUCGUGUUCAAGUUUGGGCCUAUUGCCACCGUCUUGGACUCAGAGUGAAUACAAACAUGAAGGUUGAACGCUGGCAUAGAGAGAUAAAGUAUGAAGAAGCUGAUGGCAAGGUUAUAAAGCGCCUCGACAAAUCUAUUUCAAUUGUUUUAAACGCAAUCAACAGGAAAAUUAUAGGUCGAUUCAUGUCAAUGGAAAGAAGUAAGUUGACAUCACUGCAUGCACAAAUUAGAGCCAGACAUGAUGCUGCGAAAGAAUUACCCAAGCAAAAUGUUUACGUUCAUAGUACAACAGAAUGGCAUGUUGUAUCUAGUAGAGCAGGCCUUUCUACCAAUAGUAUAGAAACAUACACAGUUCAAAAAGAAACUGCUUGCAACUGUGAUAUUAAAUGUCCAGACUGUAAUAUCUGCAUUCACAGUUUUUCCUGUACCUGCAUUGAUUAUAAAGUUAAAUUUGUAAUCUGUAAACAUAUACAUUUGGUAAACAUAAACUUUCCACCAAGUGUACCUUCAAGCGACAGUGCAUCUACUUCAGAGGACAACAGUUUUGUAAUUGAUUUCGAAGAGAAGCAGUGCAGGAUUGAGGAAGAAAAGGAAGCAUUAAACAAGCAUCUGAAAAAAUAUUCUAAUUCUGAUGAUUUGAGAAUCAAGGCUCAGAAUAUAUUUUCUAAUUUAGCUGCCAAGUGUGCUGAUCCAAGCACAUCUCGUGACGAGUUGAGCAUAUUGAUUGAGCAAGGUGAGCGAAUUCAAGCCAGGCUAGCUGCAUUAAGGUCUGAGGGAAGAGUAUUGUCGACUGAUAGUAGGGUUUCCGGGUUGAAAAGAAUAAGUCCACAGCGUAAAUUGUAUCCCUCAAAAAAAAGAAAAAGUGAUUGCGCCAACUGAUGAAUAAGAAUGAAGUGAAUGGCGAUAUGAAGUUCUGAGGCAUCUGUUCAAAGUUUUAGCCUAAAGUCUUACCCAGUUACCCGAGAUAUCACCUCGGCACUUUCGUUCAAAUAUUUCUCCUCACCCAGCAGUACUUCAGGUCAGCACGACCUCGUAGGAAUCUGGUUUUCGGAACGCCUGUAGGAGACAAGCGCCUUCCUCGACCUGCCAAAGUUAAGCACCAAACCAGCAGCAGCACUGUUCCAGGUGGCGAGAGGAUGUUCCAAAGUUAGAAUUGCUAUUGUG